UCUAGAUCAGUCGAGUCGCAGUUGCCGAGGCGAGCGGAUCGUGAACAGUGCUACGAACCCAAAGAAAACCCAAAGUAGUGAAAGAACACCCCUAAGAGGUUGUGGAAUUGCCACCAGUACAGUGCCAACAUGUCGCAGCAUAACUAUACGAACCCGGCCUUCUGCCAGAACAGCGAGUAUUACCCGGUGCCCAGCGGCAACUCGUCGCGAGUGGAGUCCAUCUACAACAGAAGCCUCCAGAUGAACUUUGGAGCGGCUCCUCCGCGCGCCACUCGAGAUCCCCGCGAGGGUCCACUGCGAAUGCAGCGUAGCAUGUCCACGCGAUCGGUGACGCGGAAACAACACCAGCAGCAGCAGCAGCAGCAACACCAACAGCAGAUACACCAGCAACACCUGGCUCAGCAGCAGCAACACCAGCCGCAAUCCUCUAGUGGUCGCUAUGCCUUGGUUCCCCUAGAGGAACUGAACAGCAGUAGGGCCAGUAGAUACGCCAUAGUUCCAGGACAGGCGGCACAGAGACUGGCCCGAUCACAGGAUAAUCUGGAUCGCUAUGGCUCCAGACAUGGAUUGCACGAAGAGGAGGAGCCUCACUCCUUCCACGAGGAACCCCAUCAGGAGACCCAGUUUGCCAGCUUGCCACCGAUACUUAAUUUGCCGCCCAAGCCCAGGAAUAUUAACAACAAUACCAAUGCCAAUCAAACCCAGAUUAAGCAUGCUUUUAGUAGCGACUUCGGCAGCAAGACCUUCUUGAUAGUGGAUAAGAAUAGCAACCAGAGGUACCAGAUGGUGCCCACCGCCGAGGACGAGGAGCUGGUAGACGAGAACCAGGAGAUCAUACAGAUGCACAAUGGCCGCGCCCAUCGAUAUGCAGUGGUGCCCACGGAUGCGGACGACGAUGAUCUGGCGGAGGAGCAGGAGCAGCAGGAAACCUGCCUGAGCAACAUGGAAUUGAGCAGGCAGUACGCAGCGAGGACCUCAACGCCGCAGCAAAAGAAUGCGGCUGCCGCUACGAGGGCCCUGCACGAGCUCCUGACCACGCCCAGGAAGAUGCAGCCGCCUCCGCGAUUGGCGCACUCAACGCCCCGGAACGCCGCCCACCACGAGCAGCUGCAGCUGGAAAGGCGCUUGGAGAUCUACAAAAGCCAACAGAUCUACCAAAGCCAACAAGUUGGAGCGGUAGUAGGAGUCCCUCCAACCUUGCCACUUCGCCAGAAUCGACUCUCCCCCCAGAGACUUCACUACGAGACCGUGAAGCCGCUUCCCAUGCAGAUCGCCGAUCGAUCCAUGGCCGUCAUCAGUCCCAGGGUCCAGGAGCAGGGGCAGGAGCAGGAACGGGAACAGGACAUGAGCAGCAUCCAGGGAAAGGGCAAGAAAAACAGCUCCUAUCCGCAGAAGAUGGCCAAUGCCACCAUUACCUUGGCCGUUGUCUCCCUGAUGCUCGUCUUGGGCAGCACCAUGAAUGCGGGGCUCAUCAUCUACAUGAUAGCACACCUCGGAAAGUCCUUUUACCUGCAGUUUAGCCUGGUGGCCUCCUUCUCCGGAAUGGGACUCGGCUUCCUGGGAUUCAAGUCGCGCCACUGCGAGUGGCUGCCGAACAGGAGCUAUAGUUCCGGCUAUAUCCUGGUCACCGUAUUUUGCCUAUUCAAGUCCUGCGGAUUGCUUGUGAUACUCGUGGUGGACCCCUUCCCCGGAUUUCCUGUCCACGAUGUGACCACUGGCGUCAUCCUUGGACUGUCGACUUUCACCAUGUUCUUCAUCGGAUUGGGAGUGCUGGGCAGCUUGUGGUGCCACCGACCUCCGCCAGACAACCGCGUCAACGUGGUCUAAUACCCUGGAAAUAGUUAAUCCUAGACUCUAAUUAGUUGUACACCAUCCACUUCGAAUUCAAGAACUUGACACACCGAACGGCUAAAAGACCAAAAACAAGAAUUAGAUUUAUAAUCAGCGGAAGAUCAUCAUCCCCCAAACGACUGUAUAUAACAAGUGGGUUGUACCUAUUGCUAACACUUAGUUUGCUUAACUUAUUGUUCACCUAAGUAUAAGUAUGUUAUGGAAUAAGAAUAAAAUAAAGGCACGUAGAUACCAGC